AUGGGGAAAAAAAAAGUCGCGAUCAACGAAGACAUUCUCGUCCUACCACCCCACCCAUCUCACUCCAUCGUGCCCAUCGUCGAUACACACACACACCUCGUCUCCACCUUUGCUGCGUACAAGCAGAAAUGGCCUUCCGGCUCACACGCGACAAUCUUCGACUUUGUACGUGGGGUCUAUGGCGGCAGCACGACGAAGGUGCGCAGCAUUGUGGACGUAUGGUGCGAGGCACCUGUGCGGCGCGUGUGGAGGGAGAUCGCCGACUCUGCCCUGACAGAGGAGAACAGGCAUAGUCUAUGGGGCAGUAUUGACUAUUGGUUCGUCAUGGGCGUGCACCCGCACGAGGCAAAGCUUUAUAAUGAUGAUGUUGAGAAAGACAUCUUGGAGGCGAUGGCACAUCCCCGCUGUGUCGGGUGGGGGGAAAUCGGUCUCGAUUACCAUUACGACAAUUCAUCGCGCAAGACACAGCAGACAAUCUUGAUCAGACAAUUGCGGCAAGCUGUACGGCUAGGAAAACCCGUCACGAUUCACACGCGCGAGGCAGAGGAGGACACCGAACGGAUAUUGAAGACGGAGCUUCCGAAAGAUCACAAGAUCCAUGUACACUGCUAUACGGAUUCUCCUGCGCUGGCCCAGCGACUGCUAGAACAUUUCACCAACCUCCAUAUUGGUAUAACAGGCGUCAUUACAUAUGCGACGAAUGUGAAUACGACCUCUCUCGUGAAGCAACUCUGUGCACAGUCCCAAUUCCCACGCAUCAUCCUCGAGACAGACGCGCCUUAUAUGGUCCCUUCGAAUCUAUACGCAUCGCUACCCGGGUUCAAGGGUCGACUUCCGCUAUGUCACACGGGAAUGAUACCGUGGACUGCCGACGCUAUCGCGGAAGUGGCGGGUGAGGGGUGGAAUGUCGAUAGAGUCAUGAAGCUUGGGUUUGAUAACGCGCGGAAGGUAUAUGACGUUUAG